AUGGCACACUUACGUUUGCUUGAUAAAAAUAAUCAUCAGAAUAGUGAAAGCUCUUCUGAUUCAGCUGAAGAGGAAAUGAAAAUUAAUGAAGAUACAACCAGCCUAUCAACGAACAUUGGAGAUAAAGUUCAGUUAACUGAUAUAUCGGAUAUUUUUGAAUUGUGCAAAAACAAUUGUAGUUAUAAAUUUCUCAGUGUUUUGUUAUACAUGAGUUUAAGACAUUUUAACAUUACAUGGCGUGAUUGUGAUUUAUUUUCCCAAGAAAUCGGAUCAUUAUCAAGUCAAACAUGUCAGAAAUGGGUGGAUAUUUUUGUAUCAGGUGAUAUCGAUCAGUUCUGCGCAGACAAUCGUGGUGGAAAGCAUAUUGAAACUUUUUAUGAAACAUUUCCCGAGCUUGAAUUAUCGGCAAAAGUAUUUGCAGUUGAACGUUGUAGUAGUAAAUCAGCCGACUUUACUGUUCAAGACCUCGCGUCUUUCAUUGAUGAAAAACCUUCGCCGCUGGGAUUUCGAUUUGAUUCGAACUCAAAGAGACCUUACUUUGAAGGUCACGAGCGACCUGAUAUAGUUAGCCAUCGUGAAGAGUUUAUCAAAUACUUUCUCGAAAAGAAGGAUCAUUAUUACAUGAUAUCAAAUGAUGAAAGUCCUAUUUGGAAAAUGCCUACUCAGAGUCCCGCAUCUGUUUUAAUAUUUCAUGAUGAAACCACUUUUCGUUCAGGAGAAGUUUCUGCAAAGAGAUGGGUUUUUGAAAACAAUGCACCGUUUUUUUCGAAAGGUCGAGGAAGAUCUGUCAUGAUUAGUGAUUAUUUAAUAAUGCACCCAUCGGGUCCUUUCUUCACAUUAGAUGAAAAAGAGUACAAACAAGCAUUAGAAACAUUUCCUGAACUAGCAAAGUAUGACGAUGACGUUAAUUACAUAGAGAAAACUGCUACAGGAUCUAUUGAUGUCGGUUACAACUCAUAUUUCGAUAAUUCCACAAUUCUUUCUCAAUUCGAACGCUUGUUCAAACUCUUACGAUUUAAAAAUGAUUUUAAAAAUCAUACUAUCGAAGUUGUAGUGGAUAACGCCACCACCCACGCAGCGAAAGCUUACUCUUUAUUGGAUUUCGGAAAAUCCAUCGGUACCAAAUGUACAACGGAUACUGUUGAAUAUAUUGAUUCACAAAGCCAACAACAUGUAGUAGAUUGUUUUUUUCAAAACAGGACCUAA